AUGGACGGCGGAAUUCUUGUGGAUGCUAUCGUCACCGCACUUUCGGAUUCCACCAAAGACUUCUGCCAGUCGGCAAUCGUUGGUCUUCGACACAUCAAUGACGUUUGCAGAGCCGUGAUACCAGAUCUUGAAGUGGUUCUUGUUGGCAUGACCGACCAAGUAUCUUGUGGCGCUGUGGAUAUGGCUGUGGGGGCUAUUGAGAAGUUAUUGAAACGCUGCCUUACUAAUUGUAAGCUUGAUGAUCCGAAGGUAGCAAUAUUCAUGAACUGCAUAGCCGAUCAACUAUUUAGCGGGAGUCAAAAUAUAAGAAACAAGACACUAUCAUUGCUCACCUUGUGUGCGGAAGUAUUGGGAGAGUCCUUCUCUGCGUUGAUGUACGCGUAUAGACAUCUAUUCGUUUCACGCAUUGGAGCACUUGUAGCACUCUACAAGUCGCUACUGCGUGACGUCUCUGAAAGUGUAAGCAUGGACAUUUCAUUAGCAACCGGAGGCAAUGGGGAGGACAAAGUGACUUUAUGUAGAAUUGGUUGUGUUGCCGUUGAAAGUGUUUUGUGCCCAUUGAAAUCCGUAGUGCAGGCAGCGGAGGAUGCACUCCUGCAGGUCGCUCCUGUUAAUGGCAAUUGUGUAAGAAAAGUUGGAGAGCAUGUCUUUGCUCAAUUUCGUGAGCCACACUGUGAACGCCGUAAUUCUGAAAGC